AUGGCAAGGUACCAGGCAGCUGUUUCACAGGGUGACGUCCGCAGCUUCUCGGCUAAUGUCAUGGAAGAAUCAGACGUGUGCACCGUGCCUGGUGGUUUGGCCAAGAUGAAAAGACACUUUGAAAAGGACGAGAUGACUUCGAUCUGCAAUGCCUUCUCUGAGUAUCAGUACCAACAUGAGAGGCGAUCUGAGCAGGAGGCAAUCCACAGCAGUCAAGAAAUAAGAAGGAAUGAACAAGAAGUUUCUAAAGGAUGUGGAACUGAUGUCUUCAAAGCAGAAAUGAUGUCACAUCUUGAAAAGCACACAGAAGAAACAAACCAAGCUUCACAGUUUCAUCAAUAUGUUCAAGAAACAGUCAUUGAUACACCAGAAGACGAAGAGAUUCCUAAGGUUUCCACUAAGAUUUUGAAAGAGCAAUUUGAAAAGUCUGCACAGGAAAACUUCCUCUACUCUGAUAAAGAAACGACACCCCCAGCCAAGUGUAUAAAGAUUGAAAAUGACAGUGAAGAAACCUUAAAGCCAUCAUCGGCUGCAGGUACCUCUUCUUCUUAUACUUCAACCAGUCAGAGGAAGGAAACCUCAACCUCAAGUUAUAGCAAUCACAGCCUGACAUCAACAACCCUGACACAAGAUAAUGGCACCCCUUCAGGAAAUAUGGAAGAAUUUCCUCCUCCCCCACCUGAUGUUUUUCAAGCACCAAUGGAUGUAACAGCAUUUUCCCAGUCCCCUGAAUUCCCCAGCCCUAGAAGACAACCAAUGCCCAAAGAUUUAUAUUCCAAGCAAAGAAAUUUAUAUGAAUUAAACCGUUUAUAUAGGCAUAUCCAUCCUGAGUUAAGAAAAAACUUAGAAAAAGAUUAUAUCAGUGAGGUUUCUGAAAUUGUUUCUAGCCAGAUAAACUCAGGGAACUCGAUAUCAGCAGAUGUACAGCAAGCUAGGUAUGUUUUCGAAAAUACAAAUGACAGUUCUCAGAAAGAUUUGAACUCAGAAAGAGAAACCCUGGAAUGGGAUGAAAUUCUCAAAGGAGAGGUGCAGUCAAUACGAUGGAUUUUUGAAAAUCAGCCAUUAGAUUCUAUCAAGCAUGGUUCUACAGAUGAAGGGUACACUUCCAAAGGCAUUGCUGGCCAAGAACUCAUUGCUGGAGGUGAUGUGAAGUAUACAACUUGGAUGUUUGAAACUCAGCCAAUAGAUGCAUUAGGAGUUCCUUCUGCUGGUGCUGAAGGAAACACUGAGAAAAUUCCUGAGUUAGCUAAAGGAGAUGUUUGCACAGCAAGGUGGAUGUUUGAAACAAGGCCUUUAGACUCCAUGAACAAAAUGCAUGAAUGUCAAGAAGAAACAGCAUCUACUCUUACAAAGGACAUAACUGGGGGAGAUGUAAAGACUGUGAGAUACAUGUUUGAAACUCAACAGCUAGAUCAACUUGGACAGCUUCACUCAGUGGAUGAAAUGAACUUAUUACAACUCAGAUCAGAACUCAAAGAAAUUAAAGGAAAUGUUAAGAGAAGCAUAAAGUGUUUUGAAACUCAACCAUUGUAUGUCAUUAGAGAUGGUUCAGGCCAAAUGCUAGAAAUUAAAACUGUGCAGAGAGAAGACAUUGAAAAGGGGGAUGUAAGGACAGCACGUUGGAUGUUUGAAACACAGCCUUUGGAUACAAUAAACAAAGACAUCACAGAAAUUAAGAUUGUUCGAGGAAUAUCCAUGGAGGAAAAUGUCAAAGGUGGGGUGAAUAGAGCGAAGUGGUUAUUUGAAACUCAACCACUAGAGAAAAUCAAAGAAGAGUCAGGGGAGGCUGUCCUGAAAACAGAGGUAGUCAUAGGUACAGAUGUUUCUAAAAAGUGUUGGAUGUUUGAAACCCAGCCAUUAGACAUUCUAAAAGAGUCUCCUGAUACAGACAGUGUAUCGCCUGAAGAGAGAAUAGGAGGUGACGUAAAAGCCACCAAACAUCUAUUUGAAACACUUCCCAUAGAGGCUUUAAAAGACAGCCCGGAUAUUGGAAAGCUUCAAAAAAUCACUGCCACUGAGGAAGAAAGGGGGGAUGUUAAGCAUCAAAAAUGGGUUUUUGAAACUCAACGUUUAGAAGAUAUUAGAGAAGAUAAGAAAGAAUAUACCCGGACAGUGAAGCUAGAAGCAGUGGAUAGAGGGCAUGUGAAGAACUAUACGAAUAUCUUUGAAUCCAAUAAUCUAAUUGAGGUUGAUGCAUCACAUCACAUUGAGGUAGAAGGAGUCACAAGAGGCAUGGUGGAGUUGAAGAAAUCUCUCUUUGAGACAACCCCACUAUAUGCCAUUCAAGACCAUCUUGGAAAAUACCACCAAGUAAAGACAGUCCAGCAAGAAGAAAUAGUAAGAGGUGAUGUAAGAAGCUGUAGAUGGCUUUUUGAAACAAGGCCCAUUGACCAAUUUGAUGAAAGCCUUCAUAAAAUUCAGAUAAUUAGAGGAAUAUCUGCUCAAGAAAUACAGGCAGGGAAUGUGAAAUCUGCUAGGUGGUUGUUUGAGACCCAACCUCUUGAUUCAAUUAAAUAUUUUAGCAACGUGGAAGAAACAGACAGCAAAACUGAACAAAGUACUGAUAUUGUUAAAGGGGAUGUCAAAACCUGUAAAUGGCUAUUUGAGACCCAGCCCAUGGAAUCUCUUUAUGAAAAAGCUUCCUUGAUGACUAACUCUGAAGAUAUUCAUAAAGGUGAUGUUAGGACCUGCAUGUGGCUAUUUGAAACUCAGCCACUUGAUGCCAUAAAAGAUGACUCUGAAGCAACAGUAAAACUGGAGACUGUGAAACAGGAGGAGAUACAAGGUGGGGAUGUUCAGACAGCAUGUUUUCUUUUUGAGACUGAAAAUCUAGACAACAUACAGGGCGAUGAAGGGAAAGAAAACAAGCCCACAGAGAUGGAUAUACAAUCUGGAGAUGUCUCUGGCAUGAAGUAUAAGUUUGAAAAUCAGUCCUUAGACUCCAUAAGUUGCAGUUCGGAGAAUGUUUUGAAUAAGAUCAAAACCUUAAAAACUGAAGACAUUCAGAAAGGCAAUGUUUUAAAUUGUAGGUGGCUAUUUGAAAACCAACCUAUUGAUAUGAUAAAUGAACGUCAAGAAGGGGAUGGAUUGGUUAAAACAGUGACAGACAUACAAGGUGGAGAUGUAAGAAAGGGAUGCUUCAUUUUUGAGACCUUUUCUUUAGAUGACAUUAAGGAUGAAUCGGAUGGCAUCUGCAUGACAGAAACAAAUCCUGGAGAAAUAAUAAAAGGUGAUGUGAAAAGCUACAAAAUGCUUUUUGAAACACAACCACUCUAUGCAAUUCGAGACCAAGAAGGGUUUUAUCAUGAAGUAACAACAGUUAAAAAAGAAGAAACAGUUCAUGGAGAUGUACGAGGAACAAGGUGGCUCUUUGAAACAAAACCAUUAGACUCAAUGAACAAAUCAGAAGAUGUAUACGUUAUUAAAUCUGUCACUCAGGAAGAAAUUCAGAAGGGGGAUGUGAGUUCUGUCAGAUACAAGUUUGAAACUCAACCAUUGGAUACAAUUUCAGACAAAUCACAUAAUAUUGUGCCCACUGUUGACUAUAUUCAAGGAGGCGAUGUAAAGAUGAAUAAACAAUUAUUUGAGUGUGAAGGUGGUGACAAGAAGAAUUAUGUAAGAACAGUAAGCAUCAAUGAAAUACAAAAGGGCAAUGUUAAGACUUCUACUUGGCUCUUUGAAACUCACAGCAUAGAUGAGCUGGGAGAAGGGUCCAGAUAUGAAAAUAUCAAGACAGUUACCCAAGAAGACCUGCAGAAAGGUGAUGUGAAGCAAGCGGUGUGGCUUUUUGAGAAUCAGACUUUGGAUUCUAUUAAGGAACUCGAUGGAAGUGACACCAAAAUGACCAAAGAAGAAAUUCCUCCAUCAGAUGUCAAGACAACUACCUGGCUCUUUGAAACAACACCUAUUCAUGAAUUUAAUGAAACUAGAGUAGAAAAGGAAGAGAUUAUUGGUAAAAGUAUUAAAGAAACCUUGGAAGACCUCUACUCUCAAAGAGUUGUUGGAGCUCCUGGAAUUAUCAUUGAAGCUGAUGAAGUUGGGGAUGUAAGAAUGGCAAAAUACAAGCUCAUGAACCAAACAACUCCUGAGAUCCAGAAGGAAGAAGUUAUCAGAGCUGAUCUCAGAAACAUAAUGAUGAACUUACUUUCCCAAAGAGACUGCACAAAGAAAGAGAUAGUUGUCACUGAAGAGGAAAAGGGAAAUGUCAAUUUUACUAAAUCUCAACUAUUAAACAGAUCAAUGGAAUUUCAUGCUGAAAAGGAAGAGAUAGUGAGAGGGGAUGUAAAACAAGCAAUCCAAAAGCUGUUCUCAGAGGAAAGAUGUGCAAAGAAAGGCAUAUUAAUUCAGGAAGAUGAAAAGGGAGAUAUUAACAUGACCAUCUAUUGUCUUCUUCAUGAAAAUGCUAGUGACAAGACUGAGAGAGAAGACAUACUGGGAGGUGAUGUGAGGCGCACCAUUCAUAACCUGUUAUCUUCUGCAUCAAAUGAUAAAAUAUCUGAAAGGACAAAAAUAGAUGCUUCAGAGAGGGGAAAUGUCCAGUUCUUCACCACAUGCAUAGAAACUGGAGCUUUGGAUUACCUCAAGCAACUCCAAACAGGAUCAAAUGAAACACUCACAGCUAGAAAACAAGAAGGAGAAGAAGAAAUAAUUGGUGGUGAUGUUGAGGGAACAAAAUUCUUACUAAAGAAAAGGCAAUCUUCCUUUGAACGUACUGUUAGUGAAACUGACAUCAUCCCAGGAGAUGUGCGUAGUACAGUUAAAGUCUUCAUGACAGAGCCUCAGAGUUCAACCUUUAAGACAGUGAAAGAAGAGAUUAUAAAAGGUGAUUUGAAAUCAACCCUGAAUUCUCCCAACCAGACGAUGAAUCAAAAAACAGUGUCUAAAAUGGAAGAAAUUAUGAAAGACGACAGGCUGGCCAUGUUCAAGUCACUUAAGGAAUCAGGCAACACACAGAAAGAAGCUAAACAAUCUAGUGGCAUGUCUAGUGAUAUUGGGCAAGCUAUUGAGUGCCUUGAGAAGGCUACAAAUACAAGGACUGAAAUAAUGAAAAAGGAGCUGAUAUUAGAUGAUCUUAAAACAUCAUUAAGGUCUUUGAAAGAAGAACAAUGUGGUUUCAAAGGGGUUCAUAAACAGGGAGUAGCCAAAGGUAUACUACCUGGGAUGCUAGGAUUCUCAGAAAGAAAAAAAAUAGGGAUUCAUCCAGCAGCUGACGAGAUAGACAAAACAAGUCUUCUCCGACCAGUGCCAGGACCAUUCGAGCCAGCAAUCAGGCAGCAAGCCGGACGAGGCACUCUUGAUGAAACUACACAGAAAUCCUGCCAUCGGUCUUUAAUGGAAGAAAGAAGUGAAGCUAAUCUUCCCAAAGCCCCUAAGGGCACUGUAAAGAUUGUCAUUGAUCGUGAACAAAACAAUGAUGCUCUUGAGAAAAGCCUUAGAAAAAUGUCUAAUUCAGAACACAGAGCUAUGAAAAAUGUCUUAGACAUGGGUGGCAGAAUGGAUGUCUGGACCGAGAGCAAAGAAUAUCUGUGUAGUGGCGACUGUAUGAGCAAACAUUUAACUGGCACCAUGUCGAUGACGGAAACUCUAAAAGCCAAGGAAUCAGAGAAUGUGAGAGAAUCCAAGGAUGCUGUCAUUAGCUCCAUCCAGUCUGUGGAUAAAACAUUUACAAAGCAACGGACUCAAACCUGUGAACUAGGGAAUGGUCACAAGUCUCAGUUCCAGGAUUCCUUUGGAAAGAAUCAAAAAAUUACCCAAAACAUUAAUAAAUCAGUAGAAAUGCAAAGUAACAGACCAGAUCCUACCCAACAUCCACUCAACAAUCCAGCUGGAGAAGUGCAUGGGAUGACAAGGGACUUUCAGAAGCAAGCCUUGUUAAGUCAGGAAAAGCAGUAUUCUAAUAAAGAUUUGAAGAAAAAUGACAUGAGCCUUCAACCUUUGCCUGUAGGUAAGGAUGUACACAGUGUACCAGGAGUGACAGUCUCUGGGAAAAACCACAAAAGAAUUCAGGGAACUGACAAGAAACAGAAAAUUGAUGUUUGUCUGGAAAGCCAGGACUUUCUAAUGAAGACAAAUACUACCAAGGAGUUAAAAAUGGCAAUGGAGAGGUCCUUUAAUUCAAUCAACCUUCACCCUGAAUGUAGUACAAAAGAAAAUGAGGACACCCUUCCACCUCCAUCUCCCCCUCCUCCACCUUCCAAUGUGCCAUCUGAAAUUGAAUUUCCUCUCCCUCCUCCACCACCUUUAAUGCUAUUGCCUGAAAAAAAUGAGUUUCCUCCCUCAUCACCCACAGAGAAGACAAAGACUGAAUUUGAAAGCCUACCAACCCUCCCUCUUCCUCCACCACCAGUAGAUGGGAAAUCUGAACAAGAAUGUCUACCAACAACCCUCCCUCCUCCUCCCCCUCCAACUCCAUCGGAAUCAGAACAUCUUUCCUCCUCUGUUCUAGAAGAUCACAGUGAAGCAUUUUUACAACAGUAUUCCCAAAAAGAAGCCUUAGAUUCUCAUCAGCUUAAUUCACAAGCCAAAAUCCCAACAGGAAAAUCACCACCUCCUACACUCCCCAAACCCAAACUUCCCAAGAGAAUUAAAGAUAAGAUGAGCCAAUAUUCCUCAAGCGGUGAAUUGGAACGAUCUCUGUCAGAUAUGGAAAUUAAAGCUACCCUCUCAAAGGAACAGGCAAGAUUGAUGGUGACAAUGAGCAGUGAGCACACAGAAACAAAGCAAGAUGUAUUCAGAAAAAGUCUUGUUGGAAGAAAACAGUUGCCCAUUGACUCUGCAAACUCGCUCUCUCAGACAGUUCCAGAAAUCCCAGCACCCAAGGUAAAACAGACAGCACCCCUUGUUAAAUCCCACUCAUUCCCAUCAGGUUCAGAACAACAAAGUCCUAAGCCUUACAUGAGAAAAUUUAAGACACCUUUAAUGAUUGCUGAAGAAAAAUACAGACAGCAAAGGGAAGAGCUUGAGAAACAGAGACUAGAGAGUUCUUGCCACAGCAUAAUGAAAACAGAAACGCAGCACCAAAGCUUAUCAGAGAAGGGGAAAGAAAUAGAGUUCCAAAAAGCAACUGAGGCAAUCUCCACAGCCAAAAAAGAGUCAGACUUCACUAUGGCACGACCCAACCUGGACUCUAAAAGCAAGGCUGUGAUUACAAGUGAAUGCUCUGAAAGCCAGCUCUCCACAGCUUCUGCACUGACAGUUGCUACUGAGAAGCUCCAGCAUGUUUUAGCCGCUUCAGAAGAUAAGCUUACCCUGAGCCAGGAAGGCAUCCAGAACUCAAGUGAUAUCCUACACUCCAAAUCAGCUUGUGAAAUUAACCAGAGUCACAAAGAAUGUAAGACACAACAAACAUUUGUGCAACAUGUGGAGAAGUUGCCCUUACCCCAAACCAAACCCCCUUCCCCAAGUUUCAAAGUGAAAACUAUCAGGCUUCCAACUCUAGAUCAUACACUGACUGAAACAGAUGUCAAUUCUGAACAUCACUUAAAGCAAUCUGAAGUCAAAGUUCAAACCAGUACUAAACAAAUGAAUAAGGACAUCAAGAAAACCCAAACAAGCACACAGUAUGAAAAUAAGCAAUCUGUGCCUGAAAAAUGUGUUCAGUUACCUAAAAUAGAGAAACGGGUGACCAUACAAAUGCCCAAAGAAUAUACAGAGAAAAAUCAUAAAAGUAAGCACCAAACAAUUCCCAAGAAGCAUGGUGGAUUUGGAGAGUUUGACAGAGGGAAUGUCCUAGGGAGGGAAGGAAACAAUCAGGACUCCUCCAUGAGCAGUUCAAAAGAAAACAGGCUAAUAGUUGAAAGAAAGCAAGAACAUCUGCAGGACCAGAGUGUACCAAGGUUAGUCCAACAAAAGAUUAUCGAUGAACACCUAGACUCACGUAUUCAGAAUUUUCAGCAGACACAAACACAAACUUCUAGGAGUACAAUUGACCAUAAAGAACUGUCCCAGCCUUACAAUGCUAUGCCGGAGAAAAAGUGUCUUAGAGACAAGGGCAAACAGCAGACCCUGGUCUCCUCUAAAACUGAAGAUACAAAGCAAAAGAUAAGACAUAGCAAAUCUUCAUUUUCCUCUGUGAAAGAUUCCCAGCAGGAUGAUGGAAAAUGUGCCAUAAAUAUAUUGGAAUUCUUGCGAAAACGUGAAGAACUACAGCAGAUUUUGUCCAGAGUAAAACAGUUUGAAGCAGAGUCAAAUGAAAGUGGCUUUAAAACAUUUCAGACACUGUUAAAUAUUGUUCCGGUAUGGCUGAUAAGUGAGGAGAAAAGAGAAUAUGGAGUUCGCGUUGCCAUGGAGAAUAAUUUAGAAAAAGUCAAAGAAGAAAUAACACAUAUUAAAACUCAAGCCGAGAAUAUGCUCGUUCACUGUGAACAUGUAAUUCGAACAGCCACGAUGGCUUCCCAAACAGGAAAGCAGAGAGAUAAACCUACCAAUCUUAAUGAAAUGCCUCUGAAAGUGUCUAAUGUUAGUCUCAGCUCUAAUAAGUGCACUGAACAGAAAGAGAGUAAAAAUGUAGAAGAAAAAUUAACACACCUCCAAGUAGCAGCCCAUCCUGAGGCAGCAACUUAUAAUCCUGCUAAAACACAUCAAGAGUCUAAGAGGGAAGAUAGUAAGAUGGCUCCUCCCUCUUUGAAAACUCGCCCACCAUCACCAACUUUCAUUACAAUAGAGUCCACUGCCCGCCGUGCAGAAACCUCCACUAAGAGUGAGCUUUCUCAGUCCCCUAAAAAUAACAGUUGUAUUGAACCUCCACCCAGAAGACCCACGGAACAUACAUCUAGACGUCCCAGCACAAGUAUACCACCUUCCCCACCAAGGAAUCGUUCGGAACAACUUGUCAGACUCAAAGACACCACAGCAAGGUUAGCCAAAGGCACCAUCCCCUGUUCGCCAGGGACCCCAGUUCCAAUUGUGGAGAAGAGAUCUGAAGUUGUCAUGUCUCCUGCCACACUCCGCCGGCAAAUCAAGAUAGAAAGUCGUGGUGGGGACUCACCACCCACUAUUACAAUACCUGUGAGUGUAAACCACGUCCUUAGUGGUUCCUUCAGAGAAUCUGUAGACACUCAAGAGGCAGUGAAGAAAACAGAAAAAAAGGAGACGUAUGUUCAUAAAGACAAAAUGAAUUCGGUCAACAGAGCAAUGCCAGAGACUGAAAGUUACGAUGCAGUUGAAAUCAUCCGCAAGGUGGGAGGGCCCCACCUAUCAGAGCACACAGAGAGAUAUGAAGCCACCAAUCAAACUGUUCAGACGGCUGAACAUUUUCUGAAUGGCCAUGAAAAUGAAAUCAACAGAUGGUUUAGGGAAUUUGAGAAUGACCCAGUUUUCAGAGCAAAGACAGAGAGAAGAGCUUAUGCAAAUGGCGAAAUAAACCACAACAUGAAACAAGAGAGUCAUGUAUUUCGAGAAGAGGAAUUUGGAUUAGCAUCUUCUGAAACUGCUAAUUUUACAGGCUUUUCUUACAGACAGCCUAGAGAGCAUCAAGCAAAAGCUCCUGCAAUGCAGCCCAGGGUUCAUUCUGAAGCUAGGUCUCUGAAUGAACGUUUCUUGAGCAUGGAUGCAUUCGAUAGUCAGAUUGUUGGGUCAAAGGUAGCAACCUCAUCAUCACAGAGCUCAGAAGCUGGCAGAUCUGGCUUUGACUUCAAGCAUGCCCCACCAACCUAUGAAGAUGUCAUUGCUGGCCACAUCCUAGACAUUGCAGAUUCACCUACAAACCUCAGACGGAAUUUUCAAGAGACAUGGCAGGAGAGUGAAAGAGUUUUUGAGCGUGUGGGAUAUGAAACCUCAGAUGCACAUGCAACAGAAAUGAGCAGGGCCUUCCAGGAGGAAUCUGCCUUUUUAAGUGAAACUCUUGGUCCAAGACAAGGAAAUUUGCAUAAUUUGUCAAAAGACAGUUUAUCCAAUGGAAUGCCUCGUAGCAGACAAGCAGAAUUUUCAUAA